UCGCUGGCAGUGUAUAUUACGCCGUUUAGAAAAUAGGAUAGAUCGAUUGGAGUAGACUAUUAGUCUUGAUCAUUGACUACCAUGAGCUCACUAAGAAAUCACCGUGUCAUCAUAGCUUCUCUUUUCUUGCCUACUACUGCAGUUCUAGGUGAAAGUAAUCCACCAACGCCAGAUAUACAAGAUUUAGGUGGUCGACCACCAGCAUUUAAACAUGCAUCAUCAAGGUCUAUUGGUAGUGCGACAACACCACUCAAGAGUAUAGUAGAUGAUUUAAAAUCUCGUGCUAUCACUCCCAUCAGUACACCCCCCUCAGAAAUCAUUAAUCCAUUUUCUAAAUUCGCAUCUCUCGCUUCGACCCCUACAGGCAAGGGCUCCAUCUCACCUCUUAAUUCAAUCGUCGACGCGUCCCUCGAAAAGUUCAACCCUGACGUACCCCGUGCUUCCCGUAUCCAACGCAGAUCAUCCUCUAAACCCAGGCUCACCCGCUCCUAUUCAAAUGGAACUUCCGAUCCCUACUACUUUGCUCCAAACAGCCACUGCAACGGUGGUCUCAAGAACGCAGUAGAGAGCGUAAAGGAUCGUAUGACAAGCAAACUCUGGGUCGGGACCCUCGGUAGCAGCUCGGACGCCUUUACCCCAGAACUCAAAGCCACCGUCGAUCGAAAGAUGAGGGACUUGCAUUCUAGUUUGCCGGUUUGGAUUCCUGAUGCAGAGUUGGAGAGCUGUUAUGAUGAGUUUUGUCAUCAGGUCCUCUGGCCUUGUCUCCAUUAUGCAGUCCCUGAUGCGCCGAAAACGAAACUCUUCUUCGAGAGUGCGUCUUACAAGCAGUACGUCGCCGUCAACAAGCGAUUUGCAGAGGCUAUCGAGGGUGUGUGGAAAGAGGGUGAUGUCGUCUGGAUCAAUGACUACCACCUCAUGCUCCUCCCCCUCCUCCUCCGCCAAAGCACACGCGUACCCGCUCUCGCACGCGCUCCCAUCGGGUUCUUCAUGCAUGUCGCUUUCCCGAGUAGCGAGAUCUUUAGGUGCCUCAGCGUGCGCGAACCCCUCCUGCGCGGGAUGCUCGGCGCGGAUCUUGUAGGAUUUCAGACUGCUAGUUAUGCUCGGCAUUUUAGACAAACCGUCUCCCGGAUUCUUGCCGUCGAAGCGCUGCCCAAGGGGAUACAGGUGGAAUACGGCAUCCCAGGUGGCGCCCGCGAAGGCCGCGGACGCUUCGUAGACGUCGGCGUCUUCCCCAUGGGCAUAGACGUCAACGCCCUCCGUCAACGCAGGCGCGAGCCCGAUGUUGGCUAUUGGGUGGGGUUGUUGAGGGAGAGGUAUAAGGGGAUGAUGAUUGUUGUUGGGAGGGAUAAGCUGGAUGAGAUUCAGGGCGUUCGUCAUAAACUCGAAGCUUUCGAACUCUUCCUCAAGAAAUACCCAGAGUAUCAAGGAAAGGUCCUCCUUCUCCAAGUAGCCCUCCAAACAACCGAAAGCAACGAACUAGCAGCAGGCGGCGUCUCAGACGUCGUAGCGCGCAUCAACAGCCUCUUCAGCACGCUCACCUACCAACCUGUCGUCUUCCUCCACACCCAAGAGGUCACUUUUAGUCAGUAUUUGGCGCUGUUGACUGUGGCGGAUGCGUUUUUGGUGACUAGUUUGAGGGAGGGGAUGGCUUUGAGGACACACGAGUUUGUUGAAUGUCAAGAUGGGAGACAUAGGCCUUUGAUUUUGAGCGAAUUCACAGGCUCAUACAGCUACAGCGGAUUCCGAUCAUGUAUCGCUGUGAACCCUUAUGAUACGCAUGGGACUGCCAAGGCUAUUCAUCAGGCUUUGACUAUGAGUGAUGAAGAGGCGUUGUCUAGGUGGGAGGACCUCCACAACCACGUUGUAACCCAAACAGCCCAAACCUUCGUAACCUCCUUCCUCACCCGCUGCCUCCACGCCAACACCGAACACACCACCCAAACAGACCUCACCUCCGUCCCCUACCUCAACACCACCCUCCUCCUCCCCCGCUACAAACACUCCCCUCGCCGUCUCCUCCUCUUCGAUUUCGAAGGCACGCUCUGGCGUCGCGACAUGAGCCGUACCGAACUCCUUGCUCCUUUCACUCCCCCUGAAGGAGCGCUUGAGAUAUUGAAUAAGUUUAGUGGGAAUAAGAGGAAUGAGGUUUGGUUGUUGAGUGGGUUACCUGUGAAGAGCCUUGAGAAGGUUGCUGCGAAGGUGCCGGGGGUGGGGAUCGUGGCCGAGAAUGGGUGUUUUGUGAGGAUUCCGGUUAAUGGGGGCAAGGGGGGAGUUUGGAUUAGUAUGGUUGCGAAUUUGAAUUUGACUUGGAAGGGGCUUUGUGUGGAGAUUUUGAAUUAUUUCACGGAAAGGACGCCGGGUUCGUUCGUAGAAGAACGCGAAGCGUCUGUUGUAUGGAGGUUCUGGACUGGUCCGACGGAUGAUUGUUCGGAUAGGCAGUGGGCGAGACGUCAGGCUGCUGAAGCGCAGAACCAUAUCUUUGACAGCCUCGGCGAACGCUACGGACUCCGCAUAAUCCCAGGCUCAAACUCCUUCCUAGUCCUCCCAAACAACAUCUCCCGCUCCACAGCUGUAGGCGCAAUCCUCCACCCAGGCGGCCCAGCCUACUCCCCUCGCUCCUCAUCAACAUCCAUACCCGACCUCCCCUCAGGCAUGCACAUGGGUGGGGGGGUAGGAGGGGAAGCAGGGUUCGUUUUUGCUGUUGGGGGAGACGAGAAAUUGUUGAGGAGGUUGAAUGAAUUGGAUAAUGCGGAGACGGUUUCGACGAGUGGGAAGGGGACUGAUGCGAAGUGGAAAUUAGAUGCUGGGGGUGUGGCGGAUGUGUUGUGGAUGUUUGCGAAUUGUCCGUAGGGGGUGGGGUGGGCUUUUGAAUGGCGUUGGGGAUCUUUGAAUGACGGGUUUGUGAAUUUUAAGUGUGAGUCUGUGGUAAUGCUGCUGCUUUAGAGAUCGUGCGUCGGUCAUGUUGUACCUAUCAAUGUCUUUGUGUUUGCGAUCAUUCUAAUGUUUACAAUUGUAGAGUUUAAAUACACGGUCGGCUGUUCGUAUACAGGAGAAUUGUGCGAGCCCUUGGGUUUGCAUAUGCGUUUAUUCUGUGGUAGACACUUGUUUUAGUAUCGUCGUCGUUUCAAUUACGGACCAUGCUCCCAUGUUCGCGUUACAAAACAUGACUCACAUAGCUC